AUGGCAACUCCAGAUUUAAUCACUUAGCAACUCUAUAUUGAACAUGAUGAUUAUUUAAAUGACAAUAAUGUGGAGUAUGAAUAAGUAUAUAGACUGGUUUAAAUGCUAUAUGAUCAUCAACAAUAGAAAAGUGGAACGAGAAGAUCAGUCAUCAAAAACCUUGAUCAAGUUGAAUCCUAUAUCGAGAGCGAUUAAGAUGAAUUAAAUAAGAGUAUAAUGAUGGAACAAGAUGAUAAUUGGCAAACUCCUCCUAAUAGAAGAACAGAAACUAUCUAUCCAAAAGACAAUAGUAAAUUUAAAUAAGUACCUUCCAGCGAAAGCAUGAAUUUAAGCAUCAGCGGAAUGUAGAAUUUUAUGUAGGGUUAAUAGAAAAAGCCAAAUAAUCUUACGUAUUUACCUAUCCAUAAUUUUGAUGAAUAAAUUAACAAAAAUAGGCGAUUUGUAGAGGAUUAAAUUCAAUAAAACCAAUAAAGCUAUUUUAAGAAUAAAUUCAUUGAGUUACCACAGCCUUUACUUAACAGAAAUAAUUAAAAAAUCAAUAAUUAUUAUUGA